AUGACUACGACGGCGUCGACGGCAGUCACGCUUACCCAGGACUCGACGUCGUCCCCUUUGCCCAAAUUCAAGGCACCCUCAGUCGAAACAUUCUCAUUCAAAGCACCCUUGUUACCCGCAUCUUCCGUUGCAGCCGCUGGCUCUUCGAAGCAAAGACGUGUCUCUCUUGCUCUGCCAUCUUCGCCUCGAGUAGUUCCAACCUCCGCCUGGACUUUCCGUGACGACACUGGUCUCGAAGAGAAGAAGGGAAAGCUGCGGAAGAUCGUCACUGACGGCGAUGAAGAGUCUCAUGAAAGGAAGCUCAGAAAGAAAUGGUCCCAGGAAGAGACUCAAAUGCUUGUAGAUGGCUGUAAUAGGCACGGAGUCGGAAAUUGGAAGACUAUUCUUAGUGAUCCCACCUUGAAAUUCGACAAUAGAUCUCCUGUGGACCUGAAGGACCGCUUCCGUACAUAUUUCCCGGAUGCCUACAAACAGCAUUAUCCCAAUGCCCGCACACACCUUUCCACUAAGAUACGCUCAACGCUUCCGGAUGGUUCCUCUCUAUUCGAAAAGACGCGGUCAAAGAAACGCCGACCCUUUACAGAGGAAGAGGACCGGGCAUUAAAAGCUGGUUACGAGAAACAUGGCACCGUCUGGGCAACGAUCGUUAAAGACCCAAUAUUCCAAGAACAGAACCGACGCUCAACGGAUUUACGAGAUCGUUUCAGGAAUGCAUUCCCCGAACUUUAUCAAGCUGCGGGUUACAAACCCCGGACGGCUGUGAAAAAGAAGAUAGCCCCGACUGUUAGUAGUACGGCAGCGACGGCAGCUUCGACACCAGUCUUCACUUCAGGUCCCAGUACUCCUGCUACUUCACCAAAAAAGCAACUGAUCCGUGCAGCGACCGAUGAUCAACUGGCAAUGUCCACAACUGGUCCCGUCCGUAUGCAGACCCGACGUCGUCGACGGAAUACCUCCCAGGGCAUCUUCCGUGGUGGAACGAAAAGCGUACCGCAGAGUAAUGCUCCUUCUGAAGAUGAAAUGAGCUCCGGAGGGGAAGACGACGACGGGGUAGUCAAACCCAUGCGUGUAACACGCUCUAUCAGCAACUCUCUCUCUUCUUCCAAUCUUCUUGGCUGGGGUCAUAAACCUUCGCCAUCAUCUUUUUCUUCAUUUUCCUCUUCUCCUGUGACAUCAACAACAGCUACGGACGACGAAGUUGAUAACGUUGCCGAAGUCACUGAUAUGAUGGAUACUUCUCUUGGGGAGUAUGGCUAUGACUUUGUCGUACCUCAGAAUAGCAAUGGCGACGGUGACCCCGGGAAUAGCCAUGGCGGUCUUACCACGAUGAUUGGCAAGUCAGCCUGGGGGACACAGGACUGGUUCUCCCCCAAUCCUCGAUUGGACAAUAGUACCAAUCACCCUACCGGCGGCAACACUUCCUCGUCUUCCACUUUUAUGGAGGGCGGAGUAGGAAACUUGUCACCGUCGUCCCCUUUCUCCACAUUCAGCUCGCCCCCAUCAUUUUCUUUACAAACUCUGAAUUCACUCAACUCUGAUCUAUUGAACCCAAUGUCCAAUGGGCUCCAUAAUUUCAAUUUCGCAGGCAACAAUGAUUCUAACGAGCAUAAUGGACACGGCGUAUUCGACCGGUACGAUCUCGUUCCUCCGACUGCCUCCAACCUUUUUCACUCCUACUCCCACUCACACACGAACUCGUUCUCCUCUUCAUCAUCGUAUACCCCUUACGCGUUUUCUUCUGACAUCGGUCUCGGAGACGACUACGAUUCGCGGUCAGCGUUCUCAGAUGAGUGGGCCUCCUCAGGUGUGGGAGGUGGUGCAAUGAGCAGCAGCAUGAGCAUGGAUGGAGGUAUAGGAAUAGGUGGUCCCGGCGGAAGAGGGUUCACUCAUCACUCUGAUUAUGCGGGUGAUUUGAUUUUCAGCGCGAGGACGCACCAGCCAGUGCAACCAUUCGCACAACAGGGUCUUGGCUUGGGCCUUUCGGGAAUGGGCAUGCCAGAUAUCCCUCAAAGCUCAGGUAUCCAUCCUCUUCAACUACACACGCAUACCCCCGUAUUAUCUGCUUUACCUGGCAUAGACGAGAUUGAACUCACUGGGAUCACAUUGGAGGACUCGGUCAUGACUGAAUCCUCUCCGGAUCUGGAUGUUGGUAUCAUGGACAUGUCGUCCCCGCCGUCGUCGGCUUCAAAUACCCAACAGGAUAUGCUUCUACAGCAGAGGCAGUCGCAACAAAUACCGGACGCUACAAUUCGUCGCCGAAACCCUCAUCCGAGGUCACAAUCAGUCGUGUCUGAAUCUCGACUACUCAGACCGCUGGCGUUCGAGGAUUUAGUUGAUAUCAACUUGCGCAACCACAAUGACGAUGAAGAUGGUAAAGGAAAAAACAAUCACCUAAUCCUGCUUACAACUGAUCAAGACAAUCUGGAAUAUCCUUCAGAUGACGACGAACAGCAUCUUACCCCACCUGCAACGCCGAUCACACGACCGAGGCCGCUGAGAGGGUCGAGGAGGAUAUCUAGGAGAGUGGGAGGAGCGGGAGGCCAAUAUAACUCAAUUCCCACUCACGGCCGUUCGGUUUCAGUUCCGCCAGUGGACCGACCGGGAUCGGAUAGUCCAGACUUGCCACAUCAUGCAAAUUCUCAACCGGAGCUGAACAGACUUUCAUCUUCGUCGCUGAACUAUCAAUUGGGACCGUCUUCUAGUAUGGAUAUUAUGGAUCACUCUCCCUCAUCGACGCGACAGCAAGAAACGCCAGCCUCUACAAUAGGUGGUCUAUCGACUCCCGCUGCUGCUGCCCAGAUUCCUCUACCCAACCCACCAACUUUCGCUUCCCUGUUUCUAGCAACACAGGGUGAAGACCUGUACAAUCUUCCGUUUUUGGACUUGCAUUAUUACGGUGGGAAUCAAAGUAGUGGUCCGAACAUUAGCGGAGGAGAGAUGGUGCCUGCAAUCCUAGAUUCGGAAACUGGAUCGUCCCGACAAGCAUUGGAUUUGGCACAAAGCGUUCGUUCGGUGUCCGCAACAACGGGCACGGGCAAUACUUUUACGUUGGCUGGGAGGCGGAUGAUGCUGGACAAGGAAGGUAGUACUAUCGAAGGCAAUUCCAAUGUCACCAAGGCUGGAGUCAGUGCUGUACCACUCUCUCAAUCUCCACAUUCUCCACCUCCACCAAUGAGGUCUCAUUCACUCUCUCAUUCGCAUACGCAUUCUCAGCAGACGAAAAGUCGCCAUUCAGGACAUUUAGGCCAUCAUCAAAGAGGUCAGAGUAUAGCGAACGUGAUGAAUGCUGGCUCGAGUGUGUGUCCGCAAGAUUUAAUUCUGAGGAGCGAGACGAACAAGAGGAAGAGGGCGAGCUGGGAUGGAGCGAAUUCGUGA